AUGGAAGACGAAAACACAACAAUCAUCAUGGCGUCACUCUCUACUCUAUCUCCUUCACACCUCUCAAAUAUCACUCAUUCCGUUCUCUCUCUCACCCACCACCAUCGCCGUCGUCUCGCGGCCGUCCUCUCUUCUCCGACUCUGUUCUCUCUCACUCUCCGCCACCUCCUCUCUCUCUCCCUUCCUCAGAAAACCCUCCUCAUCGCCACUCAUCUCCUCUCUCUCCUCCGCCCUCUUCUCCUCCACCGUAACAACCACUCUCUCUCAUUCUCCGCCUCCGCAAUGAAGCUCCGGGACCUCGACGCCGUGGUCCUCCUCCUCUUUCUCUGCGAAACCCACCAACUCGAUCCAGAUGUCCUAGAAGCUUCCGCUGAUAACUGGCGGGAAAUUCUCGGUAACAUGUGCGCUGAUACCAUGUUAAGUAAUAUCUCCGGUCUUUGGACUUGCGACGCCGGAAUCUUGAUGCCUUUCAUAGAAACCCUAGUUAGAUGCAAAAGAUUCGUCGACAUAAUGGGAGGCUAUAACCAUCUUCGCAGAGGAGGAGAGAAAGAGAGCUGUGAAAUUCCGGCGGCUAGAGCGGCCGUGGUGGCGUUAAGAGCGGUUGAAGUGUUCGACGCCGGAGAAGUAGAAUGCGUGAUAUGCAAGGAAGAAAUGAGCGAAGGAAGAGAUGUUUGUGAAAUGCCAUGUCAGCAUCUGUUUCAUUGGAAGUGUAUAUUGCCGUGGCUUAGUAAGAAGAACACGUGUCCUUCCUGUAGGUUUCAACUUCCCACCGACGAUGUCUUCUCCGAGAUCCAACGGCUAUGGGAGGUACUCGUCAAGACCACCGAGUUACACGUGGCGUGA